UCGUCUGCUAUCUUCUUCGUCCUCGCGAAGGCAAUCCAGUCCUCCAGUCGUUUGAAGAAGAAUAAUCCUCAAAAUCCCCAUUCUACCUUUCCCCCAAUCGAUUCCCUCACAAACCCUAGCUUUUCUGCAACCAUGCUUCCCUUCUCUCCCACCAUCUCGAACCAGAUUCGGUUCCUGCUCCAGAGCUCGAACGAUUCCAACUCCGAUUCGGUCUACCAAGAACUCCUCCAGUUUGUUGAAUAUGGAAGUGAGGGAAGUAUUUUAUUGCUCCAAGCCUGCUUGGAUCAGUUGAAUUUGCAGGGUACUGAUGCGCAGAGCAUGCAGUUGAAACCAGACAUACUGUCAUCCGUCUUUAGGUACUUAAUGGACAGACCGAAUUUCACUACAGUGUUCUGCGAAGCACUGAAAAGCACACCAGUGGGUGACGGAUUCCUGGGUGACCUCUCAAAAGCACUUCAUUUAUCAGCAUCUGAGAAAAUUGCAGUUGGUCUUGCACUGUCAGAUUCGGAAAAUCUGGAUGUUAGAAUGAGAGGUCAAAACUUCUGCAUGGUCCAGAUUGAGGAAUUAUGCGCAAAUCCUGCUCCUAUUGCUUCUAAUGAGCAAAUUCAGAAUAUCAUCGUGUUUCUUGAUCGCUCUGAGGGCCUUGCCAAGCAUGUCGAUUCUUUUAUAAAGAUGCUGUCCUUAUUACAGCCCAAAGAGAGGACUCCUAUGUUGCUAUCUCCGAUGCUUAUGCAUGAUUUAUCCGAAGUCGACUCAUUGAGGCAUUUGGAUCUCUUCUUUGAAUCCAGUGAAGCGGAAAAUGAUUUUGAUGCUGUUCUAGAGGAGAUAGAGAAGGAAAUGAGCAUGGCUGACAUUAUGAUGGAACUAGGAUACGGAUGUACAGUUAAUGCUUCACAUUGCAAAGGGAUGCUGUCGCUUUUUUCACCUCUGAACGAAGCGACCCUUUCUAGGAUACUUGGCACGAUUGCACGCACCCAUUCUGGUCUUGAGGACAGUCAAAACACGUAUUCCACAUUCUGCUCUGCUGUUGGUAGCAGUUCAGCUGCUGAUUCAUCUUGUUUGAACUCCUGGAAUGUUGAUGUUCUUGUCGAUUCAAUUAAGCAACUUGCUCCUGAAACUAAUUGGGCACGUGUUAUGGAAAACAUGGAUCAUGAGGGGUUCUACUUCCCUGAUGAACAAUCAUUUUCUCUUUUCAUGUCCAUUUAUGCAAAUGCUUGCCAGGACCCAUUUCCGCUCCAUGCGAUCUACGGUUCUGUCUGGAAGAAUGCUGAGGGGCAGCUAUCUUUUUUAAGAUAUGCUGUAGCUGCACCACCUGAAAUAUUUACAUUCUCCCAUUCUGCGCGGCAGCUGUCAUAUGCUGAUGCCUUGCACGGUAGUAAGCUUCCUAAUGGAAAUUCAAAUCAAGCAUGGGCCUGUCUUGAUCUUUUAGAGGUGUUAUGUCAACUAGCUGAGAGGGGUCAUACCACUUCUGUUCGAACAAUCCUUGAGCACCCUCUUAAACAGUGUCCUGAUCUCUUGAUUAUGGGGAUGGCUCAUGUGAAUACUGUGUUUAACCUCCUCCAAUCUGAUGUCUCUUCCGCGGUUUUUCCCAUGAUAGUUGGAAAUGCCAUGGGAAGUGGUAUAAUUCACCAUAUUUGGAAUGUUAAUCAUAAUCUUGUCUUGCGGGGUUUUAUUGACUUCCACGAGACUGAUCCAGACAAUAUUAAUAGGAUUUUGGAUGUCUGCCAGGAGCUGAAGAUCUUACAAUCAGUAUUGGACACGACUCCAUUUACAUUCAGCAUCAAACUGGCUGCAGUUGCUUCUCGUAAGGAACACAUAAAUCUGGAGCAAUGGCUGAAUGAAAAUCUGAGCACAUACAAGGAUACUUUUUUUGAGGAUUGCCUCAAGUUCUUAAAAGAAAUACCUUCUGCAGCAACAAAUGAUGCAUCUGCCAAUCCUUUCCAACAUUCCAGCUCUGUCAUGAAUCUUUAUCUAGAGACAAGUUCUACUCUUUUGAAGGUCCUUCAAGCUCAUUCUGGCCAGCUCAUCUCCCGCCAACUUUCUGAGGAAGUGAGAAGGUUGCAGGCAUCAUCUGUGCAUGCUAAUCCAAGACUGCAAAAUGGUGGAGCUACAGAUUCAUCAACACAUGAUGCAUCAUAUCCAGAUGGCAUUGAGACAGAAGCGAACUUAUAUUUCCAUCGAAUGUUUUCUGGACAAUUAUCCAUUGAUAAUAUGGUUCAAAUGCUUGCCCGUUUUAAGGAAUCAUCUGAAAAAAGGGAGCAAUUGAUCUAUGAGUGCAUGAUAGCGAAUCUAUUCGAAGAGUACAAGUUCUUCCCCAAGUAUCCAGAAAGGCAGCUUAAAAUUGCUGCUGUUCUCUUUGGUUCCCUCAUAAAGCAUCAGCUUGUAACACAUCUUACCCUUGGUAUUGCCCUUCGUGGUGUUCUGGAUGCAUUGCGCAAAUCUGUUGAUUCAAAAAUGUUUGUGUUUGGGGCCAAGGCUUUGGAGCAGUUUGUGGACCGUUUGGUGGAGUGGCCACAGUACUGUAAUCAUAUUUUACAAAUAUCUCAUUUGCGUGGCACCCAUACUGAGCUGGUCGCAUUCAUUGAGCGAGCUCUUGCUCGCAUUUCCUCGGGCCAAUCUGAUGUAAACGGUAACAACAGUGCCCCUCCCGAUCAGUACCAAGGCUCUACUCAAGCUACCUUGGAGGAAACUAUGGAGGCAUCUGAAGCCUCAUGGCAGUUGAUGGGCUCUGGGAUCACACAGGCUGGGCAGCAACUUUUCUCUCCACUGCAGCUGCAACAAGGGCAUCAAGGUUUUCUGGAUGACCGGCAUAAAGCCUCUGGAACUUCUGUUAGCUACAUGAAACCUCCUCUAUCUUCUGGUGGACAACCAUCAUUAGGCUCCACAAAUGUUGAUUUAAUCAGUAAUCAGAAGUCAGCUGUUUCACAGUCCUUGCAAGUUUUGUCUUCUCAGCAUCCUACCAGUGGUUCAGCUACAGUGCGGUACACUCCUGCCUUUCUGCGCUCAUCUCGUGGAAUAACAUCUCAAGGUAUGCCUAGGCAGCACUCAUACAGCACAGGUUUUGGAGCUGCUCUGAAUAUUGAAACACUAAUUGCUGCUGCUGGGAGAAGGGAUACUCCAAUAGAGGAACCUGCAUCAGAGAUACAGGACAAGAUUUUAUUUAUGAUUAAUAAUAUUUCAGCUUCAAAUACGGAUGCAAAAUCAAAAGAAUUUACUGAUGUCCUGAAAGAGCAGUACUAUCCAUGGUUUGCUCAGUAUAUGGUGAUGAAAAGAGCAAGCAUUGAGCCAAAUUUUCAUGAGCUGUACUUGAAGUUCUUGGAGAAAGUUAAUUCAAGAUUGUUGAAUAAGGAGAUUGUCAAAGCUACUUAUGAGAAUUGCAAGGUUCUUCUAAGAUCAGAGCUUAUAAAAUCAAGUUCAGAAGAGCGUUCAUUACUAAAAAAUCUUGGUAGCUGGCUUGGGAAGUUCACGAUUGGCAGGAAUCAAGCAUUAAGAGCCCGGGAAAUAGAUCCGAAAGAGUUAAUAAUUGAGGCAUAUGAAAAAGGAUUGAUGAUUGCAGUAAUUCCAUUUACCUCGAAGAUUCUGGAGCCAUGCCAAAGUAGUCUUGCUUAUCAGCCUCCUAAUCCAUGGACUAUGGGCAUCCUUGGUUUGCUUGCUGAGAUCUAUGCACUACCAAACCUUAAAAUGAACCUGAAGUUUGACAUUGAGGUCCUAUUUAAGAAUCUUGGCGUCGAUAUGAAAGAUGUAAAACCAACUUCACUUCUCAAAGAUCGGGUUAGAGAAAUAGAAGGAAAUCCUGAUUUUUCCAACAAAGACAUGGGUGCAUCCCAGCCACAAAUGGUUGCAGAAUCUAACUCUGGAAUAAUAUCUGCUUUGAGUCAAGUUGAUCUGCAGCCUGAGCUUACGAAUCCAUCACACCACAGUGGCCAUUCUACUGUACUAACCCAGUAUGCUGCCCCUCUUCAUCUUGCUUCAAGUGCGCUGGCAGAGGAUGACAAGACUGGAACUUUAGGCUUAUCUGAACGUCUUCCUUCUAGUCAGGGACUCUCACAGGUUGCUCCAUCCCAGUCUCCAUUUUCUGGUAGUCAGCUGCCAACAUCAAUACCAAAUUUUGGUACUCAGAUUGUUGUCAAUCAAAAGCUUAAUAAUUUGGGCUUGCAGAUGCAGUUUCAAAGAGUUCUUCCAGUGGCCAUGGAGAGGGCCAUCAGAGAGAUAAUAGCUCCUGUUGUUCAGCGGAGUGUUACCAUAGCUAGCCGGACAACCAAGGAGAUUGUUUUAAAGGACUAUGCUGUGGAGUCGGAUGAAAGCCGCAUAUAUAGUGCUGCACAUUUAAUGGUGGCAAGCCUAGCAGGAAGUCUGGCUCAUGUGACAUGCAAGGAACCCCUUCGCAUUGCCAUGUCAACUCACUUGCGGACUUCAGUUCAGGCUAUAAGCAUUCCUAGUGAUCUUCUUGAACAAGCUGUUCAGCUUGUUACAAAUGAUAAUCUUGAUCUGGCUUGUGCUAUGAUUGAACAAGCUGCAACCGAGAAGGCAUUGCAAACUAUUGAUGGAGAAAUAGUUCAGUCACUUGCUUUUAGGAGGAAGCAGAGGGAAGGGGUUGGUGCUGCAUAUUUUGAGGCAAGUACUUACACAAAAGGCCCUUUUGCUUCGGUACCAGAGGCACUUCGCCCCAAGCCUGGUCGCUUGUCCACUACCCAGCAACGAGUAUAUGAGGCUUUUGUCAGGUUGCCGUGGCAAAAUCAGUCAAGUUCAAAUGCUGUACCUUCUGGUCCACCUGGUUCAUCUGGAAAUCCUGUCAGUUCUGGCAUGUCUCGUGUAUAUGGUUCAACUUCAGGACAGCUGAAUUCAAGCAUCUACUCAGCUGCACAAGUGGCUUCAGGACUCGGUACAGUUACCCAGCCUUUGGAUCUGAUUCCCGAAGAGAUGGACCCUGCUUCAGCACUUCUUAGUGCCUCCACAGCUCAUGUUGGGGUGACUGAUGGUGUUAUCCAGCAUGGUGCAGAAAUCACUUCUGCUGCCCCGUCAUUUCCGUCAGCUGUGGCAGUCCCUGAAUUGCACUCGGUGGAAUCCUCCAGUGCAGCGAAAGAAUCAGGGGCUGUUUUACAGUCAUUAUCCACAACAUCUGCUACAGAGCGCCUCGGAAGUGGAACAUCAGAACCUUUGUUAUCAACAGGAGAGGCACUGGACAAGUAUCAGAUACUGGCACAGAAGCUGGAAGCUUUGAUUAUUAAAGAUGCUAGAGAUGUGGAAAUUCAGGCAAUCAUUGCUGAAGUGCCUGAAAUCAUACUCAGAUGUGUAAGCCGAGACGAAGCUGCAUUGGCUGUGGCUCAAAAGGUGUUUAAAAGUUUAUAUGAGAACUCAUCAAAUGGUAUCCACAUUGCGUCCCAUCUGGCAAUUCUGGCCACUAUUCGGGAUGUUUGCAAGCUUGUUGUCAAGGAAUUGACGAGUUGGGUGAUUUAUUCAGAUGAGGACCGGAAGUUCAACAAAGAUAUAACUGUUGGCCUUAUUCGAUCCGAAUUACUAAACCUUGCAGAGUACAAUGUACAUCUAGCAAAACUUAUUGAUGGGGGAAGGAAUAAAGCUGCCACGGAGUUUGCCAUUUCUCUUUUGCAGACGCUGGUGGUUCAGGAACCUGGAGUUAGUGUCUCGGAAUUCUACAAUGUCAUUGAUGCAUUGGCAAAGCUUGCUAUGAGGCCUGGAUCGCCAGAGUCUUUGCAACAAUUGGUUGAGAUUGCUAGGAAUCCCACUGCCAAUGCGAUGUCUCCAACUGGUUUUACUAUUGGCAAGGAAGAUAAGGCAAGGCAAUCUAGGGACAAAAAGGUCGCUUCUGGUCGUUCCUUGACUAGCAGGGAUGACUAUAAUACUGAGUCUGCCACACCAGAUCCUGCUGGUUUUCGUGAUCAGGUUUCUCGUCUGUUUGCUGAGUGGUGUCGGAUUUGUGAACUUCCUGGCACUACUGAUGUAGCUUAUACCCAUUAUAUCUCACAGUUACAACAAAGUGGGUUGCUUAAAGGGGAUGAUCUCACGGAUCGCUUUUUCCGAAUCCUCAUGGAAAUUUCUGUAGCAAAUUGUUUGGCCACUGACAUGAUUAAUCCAAGCUCUUUGUCCCUACAAACGCCACAACAAGUCCAGCAUAUCUCAUUUGCUGUUAUUGAUAUGUAUGCAAAGCUUGUGGUUUUAGUUAUAAAGUAUUGUGCGGUGGACCAGGGAGCAAGUAAAGCGUUUCUUUUGCCCAAGAUUUUGUCAGUGACUGUGAGAGUUAUCCAAAAGGAUGCAGAAGAGAAGAAAGCUGCUUUCAGCCCAAGGGCAUAUUUCAGAUUGUUUCUGAACUGGCUUUUGGACCUUGGUUCCCCUGACCCUGUCCUUGAUAGUUCCAACUUUCAGGUCUUGACAGCAUUUGCGAAUGCUUUCCAUGCAUUACAACCUUUGAAAGUUCCCAGUUGGAGCUUUGCAUGGCUCGAGUUGGUGAGCCACAGAAGUUUCAUGCCAAAAUUGCUAACAAUCAACUCUCAGAAGGGUUGGCCUUUGGUUCAGCGCCUACUUGUUGACUUGUUCAAAUUCAUGGAGCCAUACUUGAGGAAUGCUGAACUUGGGGAAUCGGUUCACUUUCUGUACAAAGGCACUCUAAGGGUCCUGUUGGUACUGCUUCAUGAUUUCCCGGAGUUCCUUUGUGAUUAUCAUUUCAGCUUCUGUGAUGUGAUUCCACCCAGUUGCAUUCAAAUGCGGAAUGUUAUUCUAAGUGCAUUCCCACGAAACAUGAGGCUGCCCGAUCCUUCUACUCCCAACUUGAAGAUUGAUUUGCUGGCUGAAAUCAGCCAAUCACCACGCAUUCUCUCUGAGGUUGAUGGUGCUCUGAAAGCAAAGCAGAUUAAGGCUGACAUUGAUGAGUAUCUCAAGACAAGGCAACAAGGAUCUCCGUUCUUAACAGAGCUGAAGCAGAGACUACUGCUUCCUCAGGGUGAGGCUGCACUGGCUGGGACUCGAUACAAUGUGCCCCUAAUAAACUCCCUUGUGCUUUACGUAGGAAUGCAGGCUAUCCAGCAACUACAGAGCAAAUCUACGCCUCAGCAUGUACCUGCACCACCAAUGACCCACACUGCUCCCAUGGAUAUAUUUUUAGUUGGUGCUGCCAUGGAUAUAUUCCAGAUCUUGAUUGGGGACUUGGAUACAGAAGGACGCUAUCUUUUCCUCAACGCAGUUGCCAACCAGUUGCGCUAUCCAAACAACCAUACCCAUUACUUCUCCUUUGUCCUUCUCUACUUGUUUGCAGAAGCAACCCAGGACAUCAUCCAGGAGCAAAUAACGAGGGUGUUGUUGGAGCGCCUAAUUGUCAACCGACCCCAUCCCUGGGGUCUUCUCAUCACUUUCAUUGAACUCAUCAAGAACCCACGAUAUAAUUUCUGGAAUCGGGCAUUCACUCACUGUGCGCCUGAGAUUGAGAAGCUGUUCGAGUCAGUGUCAAGAUCAUGUGGGGGCCCAAAAGCUGUGGAUGAUGGGAUGGUUCCAGGUGGGAUCACUGACAACAACCAUUAAAAAUCUUGCAGGAUGCUUUUGUAAAUCAUUUGUUUUAUUCAUUUAUUUUGUAGUUAUUUUGUUUGUUGAGCAUUACUGUUUGGUCGUGUUUGUAGUUACUCCGUUUGGUUUUAUGUCUGUGGUUACAUUCAGAGAGUAGAUUAUGUAUGCCAAUGGAUGGCCUUCUCCACAUCAGGCCAGAUUUUGCAACUCUUUUGACUGGUGUGAAAUGCUUGUUUGGUGCUAUAUCUAGAAGUGGUCAUAUGAUUUCCAUUCA